AGGCCUUCAGGUUGAUUAGAACCGGAGCAUAGGAGAAGAACAAUAGCCAAGCUAUAGCUUUUGUGUGGCCAAGACUCGGCCUCAGGCAUGGCUGAUCCCCAGAGGAUUCAUCCGGUGGACGUCGAAGCCCCACCUCCAUCAGCUCCCCCAGCACCCCGCAACUUCUCGCAGUCCGAUAAGCACAAGGUUGCCGAUGGACGAGCUCCAUUGCAAGGCACCACCCCGGUGGCCCAUGCAAAACCAACCAAGAAGAAGAGGUGCAGCUGCUGCAGGUGUUUGUGCUGGACCGUCCUCACCAUCAUCAUCCUCAUCAUCCUUAUUGCAGCCAUUGCUGGAAUUCUAUACCUCAUCUUCGAUCCUAAGAUACCCAAGUACUCGGUCGACCGUCUCAGGGUCUCAUCAUUCGAUGUGGACAAUAACAUGACCGUCACGGCCGGCUUCAACAUGACGGUCACGGCGAGGAAUCCAAACAAGAAGAUCGGCAUCUAUUACGAGGAUGGGAGCUAUCUGAGCGUGUGGUAUACCGAUAACAGCCUGUGCAACGGGAGCUUCCCGGCGUUCUAUCAGGGCCACCGGAACACGACGGUGUUGAACGUCAUAUUGACCGGAGAGACCCAGCUGGGAGGCGAGAUCCUUACGGAGUUGCAGCAGCAGCAGCAGACCGGGACGAUACCGUUGCUAUUUAAAGGUGAUGUGCCGGUGAGGGUGAAGUUUGGAAGCCUCAAGCUGUGGAAGAUGACCUUCAGGGUCAAGUGCAAUCUGGUGGUGAAUAGUUUGAGUACCAGCAAUCAGAUUAGCAUCAAAUCAAGCAGCUGCAAGUUUAAGUUGAAGCUCUGAUCUCAUUUACUUCCAUUUAUUUUUUAGCUUCGGAGCUGAGUUAUUCUUUGUUUCCUCUUUACAUUUUUUUUUUUAAAUUAUUUUUCACAAGAGAUAGGGAGGUGUCUCUGCUGGCGUGCACCCUACCUCGUAUGGCUGGAUUUGUGUUGAUUUAUUUAGAAUAUACUAGUAAAAUAAUCCAAUAUCCGGACUCGUUUUUUAUUAGAUAAUAUGUUUAAUUAAUUGAGAAAGCUAUAUCUAGUAUUACAAUUUGUAAAA